AUGCAAGGUGCACCUUUGUAUUCAGUGAAAUGGUAUCGGGGAAACCACGAGUUUUUCCGGUACACACCAAUGGAAGAACCUGACCUCAGAAUCUUCGGGUUGCCGGGAAUUUACGUUGAUAUGAACAGAUCUAACGGCACACAAGUUCUACUACGUCGCUUAGAUCUUGGACUCGCUGGAAACUUUAGCUGUGAAGUCACAGCUGAGUCACCAUCUUUUGCAACUCAAAUUGCUACAAAGUUUAUCGACGUCAUAGCGCUACCUACUAUGGACCCGAUGCUUCAAGCAAACAAAGAGCGGUAUCAGCCAGGUGAAACGCUUUUGGCUAAUUGCUCGUCGUCCCCUUCAAGGCCUGCCGCAAAUAUUACGAUUUACGUAAAUGAAGAGCCGCUUCGGUCGUCAGAAACUAGUCUGCAUCAAUCGGAAAACGGACUGUUUACGACACGUGUUAACGUGGAAUUGAAAGUAACUCCAGGACUCUUCCCCGGAGGCAGAAUGAGGCUCGAAUGCUUAGCUUCUAUUUAUGAUAUCUACAAGAAGACAGCCAAAUUAGACUUUUUUACCCCAGAAACUGAUCCGAGGCCCGAAAGAAUAACUCUCAAUGGCGCAUCCAGAUGCUUUCAAAAUGUGUUCCUUAUAUUUGUUUUAUUAUUCUUACCCAUGGUCGCCUGUCAAGACUUUAGUCAACUCUACGAUGGUUUAAUAGAUGACGACACAUUCCAGUACUACGACGAAGAAAGUGAACAUAAUGCACUUCUAUCCCUAGUUGGUGGUUAA